ACAAAGCUAUCGCGAAUUUAAUUCCACAAUCAAAAACCCUAAUCCCCAUUUUAACAUCUUCAACCUUCUUGCGACGCGAUUCGUUGCGCCAUUUUUCCAGGGACGUGAAAAUUUGAAAAUGGGGUCACUUGGAACAUUUCACUGAUCAACGGGAAGGUUCAGACUUAGGGUAAUCGUGCGGAGAAAAUGGUGGCGAAGUAAUUGUUUUGGAGAUGAGGAGCAUCGAAAGGUUGCCUGAGACCACUCACAGCUCGGUGCGGUCCGGGGUCGUGAUAUGUGAUUUGACGAGGAUUGUUGAGGAGUUAGUUUUUAACAGCCUUGAUGCAGGUGCUACUGAGGUUGCCGUGUCAGUAGGGGUUGGUAGCUCCUACCUCAAAGUGGUGGAUAAUGGAUCUGGAAUUACGCGGGAUGGACUACUGCUAUUAGGAGAACGAUAUGUUACAUCCAAAGUUGAUUACUUGGCUCUGGAUGCCAGUACUACUGAAAACCUUGACUAUCAUGGAGAAGCUCUGUGCUCGAUUUCUGAUGUUUCUCUGUUGGAGAUUGUGACAAAAGCAAGAGGGAAAUCAACUGGAUACAAAAAGAUACUGAAGAAAAGGAAGUGUGUGUUCAUUGGAAUCAAUAAUGACAGAGAAGAAGUGGGAACUACAGUCAUAUCUCAUGAUAUAUUUUACAAUCAGCCUGUUCGAAGAAAACAGAUGCAAUCCAGCCCCAAGAAGGUGCUGGAUUCGAUCAAAAUGAGCGUGCUUCGAACUGCCCUUGUUCAUGUUAAUGUGUUCUUCAGAGUUGUUGAUGUGGAAAGCUUAGAUGAGCUGCUUUGUGUUGGACCUUCAGCUUCCCCGUUACCAAUACUUUCAACAUAUUUUGGCAUUGGGAGUUCAGCUAGUUUCCACAAACUGGUUCUAUCCAAUAGAGAACUGAAUCUUUCUGGGUAUAUAUCUGAACCUCAUGGAAUCUUUUCUCCGAAGGCAAUCCAGUAUGUCUACAUCAAUUCAAGACUUGUUUACAAGGGACCCAUUCAUAAGCUAGUGAAUCAGUUGGCUGCUAAAUUUGAUAUGUCCAGCCCCUGGCAGCUUACCACCAGUUCCCAAAGGAUGAAGCAGAAUAAGUACGACAAAUGCCCAGCCUUUAUUUUGAAUCUACAAUGCCCAACAUCUUAUUAUGAUAUUAUUGCUUCUGAGCGAUUGAGGACCUCAGUUGAAUUUAAGGACUGGGCACCCGUUCUUACUUUCAUAGAGGAUGGUGUGAUGCGUCUUUGGACAAAAAAUACUUCUCAUGAUAUGUUAGGUAAUCCUGAAAGUGGAAAAAGAAGGUGCCAGACACAGACCAGCCUAGUUCCUGUUGAUGUUUGCUCCACUCACUGGGAUAAGCCAUACGAAAACCACGAUAACUCACUGGGUUUAGAAGAGACCACAUUUGAAUCUGGAAAGUCUUGCCGAAAAGUUCUUGGGUUUGAAAAUUUUGAGUUAGAGGCAGAUUUACUACCUGAAAAUGACUACAUAAGCCAAGCAUGUGAUGGAUCUAUGGUUGGUGAGACUAUAAACCAAAUUUCUCCUUGGUGUGUUUCCUCACCAUUGCAUGUGGCAAAAACAUAUGGUCGAAAGAUGGAUGACCUAUCUUCAGCUUUAGGGUACAUCUUACCUGCAACCAAUGAGAAUGUGGACAGCAGGUCAAUAGCGAGUGGGGCUUCUAUUGAUUGUCAUUAUUUUGGUGAUAAUAGACAUACUGAUGAGGAAUAUGGCAUAUCAUUUCUUAGAAGUUGCUCCUUUGACAAAAGCUUGAUGAAAGAGAGAAGAUCACCUUCAAAGGAUGCGAGAUUUGAAUUUGGACGAGAUGGCAGAGCUAAAAGAAGGCGGAUUGAUUGUUGUGAUAUCGUGGAAGAUGAUAUCAAUUCAGUGAUGUUAGGAGGUGAUGUUGAGUGCAGUGCUCUCCAACCAUUUCAGUUUUCUCCAGUGACCAGACAUGACAUCGAUGGAAUGUUGGAGUCUCCUGGAAGGGAUUCAGUGAAGUCAUCUUUCCUAGGGGAUAAUCUACCUGACUCUGAGCAAUUUUGGGAAUCCACUUCUAGUUGGCAUUCAUUCCGAUCUGGAUGGUCUCCUCUAACUAGAAAGGAAACUGAGAUCAAGUUUCUUGACAAUAGUAAUUAUCCAAUUGAGAAAACUUCAGUUGAAGGUCACUCUGGAUUAGGAAAAGAUAUUUUACACAGAUGUCCUAUUCAAGGAGAAAUUCUUGGAGAUACAAAAUAUAAUAGGCUGCAGCAGGAUUGCUCCUUCACGAACCAUUCCCCUGAUGAGGAAAUUGGUGAAAGUCAGUUGGAUUUUGAGAAUUUGUUCUCUUUAAAGCCUUUCAAGAGAUUCACAGAUGCAUACUGGUCACUGUCACCCGUUCACUGUGAAGAAAGUCUCAAGAAUUUUACAGAGGCACCAUCAGAUGACACUUCUCCAGAUGAGUGUGAACAUGGAAUGCACAAUUGUACGAAUCAGGGGACACUGCUCAACAAAAAAAUGUGCUUCUCAAAAAGCCAUCCAGCUCCACCAUAUUACUCGACCAAGAGAGGAUUUCUGGAUUUGACUGACACCACCUCCCUGUCUGCAAUAAAAUCACCUGAGAGCAUCUUUGGCAGAUAUUCCUCCAUAGCGGCUGGAGAAUUUAGCAAUGAACAACUUCAUGUAGAAGACAUGAGCUUUAAAUGUUCAGAUAAACCUGAUGGUCAAUUCUACUUGUCGCCAAGGGGAAAGCAAGUCAUGGAUUGCACAGCUUCUAAAAGAUCAGUGCUUGAAAUAAAACCUGAAAGCACAUCAGUUCAGAAAAAAGGAAAAAAAGAAGAGGAAUUUACCAACAUUGAGCCUGUUGAGAGUCUCGGUUCGAAAGAAAUUGAGGAUUCUUUAGACUCCAGGUGGAAAUGGAGAAAUUGUAGUUUGGCCACUGCAGGUAAUAGCAGCUCAGACAUUAAAAGAAAUCAGGACGGGAUCCUCAACAUCUUCUCUGAUUCCUUGCAACUUGAUGGCGUCUCCUUGGUUCCUAAAUCAGUUGAGAGGGCUUGCCUUGAGAAUGCUAAAGUUCUCGAUCAGGUGGAUAAGAAAUUCAUUGCAAUUGUGGCUGGAAAAACCCUUGCUAUAAUUGAUCAGCAUGCUGCUGAUGAAAGAAUUAAACUGGAGGAAUUACGAAGUAAGGUAUUAUCGGGAGAAAUGAAAACUAUCAAGUAUCUGGAUUCUGAGCAUGAACUAGUCUUGCCUGAAAUUGGUUAUCAAUUACUUCACAAUUAUGCAGAACAAAUUCAAACUUGGGGUUGGAUUUGCAAUAUACAUUCUCAGGACUCAAAUUCCUUUACAAAACAUUUAGAUUCUCUACACAGGCAGCCUACAGUUAUCAAACUUCUCGCGGUGCCUUGCAUUUUGGGUGUGGUUUUAAAUGAUAUUGAUCUCCUAGAGUUCCUUCAACAGCUUGCUGACACAGAUGGGUCAUCAACCAUACCCCCAUCCGUUCACCGUGUCCUUAACAGCAAAGCAUGCAGGGUACCUUUAUGCAGGGGCGAUUAUGUUUGGAGAUACAUUGCUGCCUUCAGAAUGUUCCCUCAUUGUCGACGAGCUGAAACAGACUUCACUUUGUUUCCAGUGUGCUCACGGCCGACCAACAACCGUCCCUCUUGUCAAUCUCGAAAUCUUGCAUAACAAAGUUGCGAGGCUUGGUAUAGACGCAUCCUGCUGGCAUGGCUUACGGCAACAUAAAGUCAGUUUAAAGCGUAUGUCUCAGCGACUAAGAUCUGCUGUAUCCUAAACCGCUCAAUAUCCAUCCUCUUAUGUGUUGAUAAAAUGAGGUUUACAAAUUUGUUUAAGAGCCAUCCGCAAUAUCCAUGUUGUAAUUGUAUUGUAUAUUAGACAAAUUCAAAACGGUGAAAAGAGAAAAGGUAUUUCCACAA